AGGAGCUCCAAGGAGAUGGCUGCCAUCAGGAUCUUGUCUUGGAUGGUGAUGAUAAUUCUUCACAUUCAGGUGGAUGCAGACUUUUGGACUCAUCCACCACCUGCUUACCCCACGACUAUUCCACCCAUAUAUGAUGAGCUGCAGCUGAGGCUGAGCAGGGGACCCAACCGGUGUGCAGGCAACGUGGAGAUCUACUACUUUGGAGGCUGGGAGAAGGUGUGUGGCUACCUGUGGGACAUGCAGGAUGCCGAGGUGGUGUGCAGGCAGCUGGGCUGUGGCUACCCUCUCUCAGCCACACACUCCUUCCCCUCGAGCAACUCGUACCCGUACAUGAUUACUGAGGUGAACUGUGUGGGCUACGAGACCUACGUGUGGGAGUGCCCCUACAACUACCAGUACAGUGUGUGCCACCAUGGAGAUGCUUCUGUCGUAUGCUCAGACUCGGGAAUAGCAGUGUCUCCAUCAGCAGAACCAGCUGUCUCCGGACCGAUGCUCCCCAGGUGGUCAUGGACUACACCAGGGUACUUCUCCUGUGGUGGCUUACUCCAGGCAUUGUCUGGCACCAUCCAGAGCCCGGGCUACCCCGGCUCCUACCCCGACAACUCGCGCUGCGUGUGGCGCAUCCGGCUGCGGGACCGGGCCCGCAGGAUCCAGCUGCAGUUCACGGACGUGGAGCUGGAGGGCAGCAGCUGCUCCUACGACGCCAUCGAGGUGUUCGAUGGAGGCUCGCCGCAGGCCUGGCGCCUGGGCCUGGUCUGCAGGGACAACCAUCGCGUCUUCAACUCCUCGGGGAGCCAGCUCACCGUCCUGUUCCGCAGCGAUGGCAGCGUCACCGGGAGAGGCUUCCACGCCUUCUACUCCUCAUUUCUUGACUUCAAUAGCACCGUGGCUCCCACUACUUUGGACCAGACAACCUCAGAAUAUUAUUCUUGUGGUGGCUCAUUUUCCUCUUCAUCUGGUACCAUACAGAGUCCAUUUUACCCCAGGAAUUAUCCAAACAAUGCCAACUGUGUGUGGGAAAUACAAGUGAAGAGCAACUUCCUUGUUACACUUGUAUUUAGAGAUAUUCAGAUGGAAGGUGGCAGAUGCCUCUCUGACUAUGUGGAAAUCUAUGAUGGGCCCCUGCACAGCUCUCCCCUCCUUGGGAAGAUUUGUUCUGGUUAUUACCACUCGUACACGUCGUCCUCCAACCUGCUGACCGUCCGCUUUCACAGUAACUCCCGAAUCACAUACAGAGGGUUUCAGGCCAGCUAUUAUUCCACUCCAGCUGAUGACAGCACCACACUGCUGUGCUUGCCAGACUACAUGCACGUGGUUGUGAGCAGAUACUUCCUUCAGUCCCACGGCUACUCUGCUUGGAACCUCACCCUGAACGACCCCUUUUGCACACCCAACAUUACAUCAAAUUAUGUGGUGUUUGACAUUCCAUACACCCGCUGUGGCACUGUCAGAGAGGGAAACAACGACACAAUCAGAUAUUCCAACAUUAUUAGAGGGUCCUCUUCUGGUACAUUAAUCACAAGAAAUAGAAAUCUUCUCUUGCAUGUCAACUGCAAGAUGCUCCAGAACACGUGGGCAAAAACGAUGUAUAUCGCAGAUGAUAAUUUUGAAGUCAAUGAAACCCAGUAUGAGAGAUACGAUGUAAACCUCACAUUUUAUGACUCUUCAAGCUUCUCACGGCCAGUGUACGACUCACCCUACCAUGUCAGCAUCAACCAGAAUUUGUACCUGGAAGCUUCCCUGCACAGCUCUGAUCCAUCACUGGAGCUGUUUCUGGACACUUGUGUGGCGUCUCCCACUCGCCAGAAUUUUACAACAAGAUCUUAUGCUAUAAUCAAGAAUGGAUGUGUUAAAGAUCCUACCUAUUCUUCAUAUUACUCACCCUACAGACACACCCUCCGGUUUAAAUUCAAUGCCUUCCAGUUUGUUCGGAGCAAUCCAGAGGUUUACCUGCAGUGUGAGCUGGUGGUGUGCAGGGCCUUUGACUAUUCUUCCAGAUGCCACCAAGGCUGUGUUCAAAGGUACAAGAGAGAGGCAAACUCUGACGAAGAAAGUGUGAUUGUUGUUGCUGGCCCAAUACAGCUCUGGGAACCUGGUUCUGAGAAGGGGAAUAAUUAUGGAUCUGAAUUUUUACUGGGAUCUCUUGACCAGAUGGAUGCCACCAGGGACUUGCUGUGGUUAUUCCUCCUAAAUGCAGCACUCCUGGAUGCCAUCUCACCUAACCUACACACAACAUAUUCUUCCCAAAAAGAUGCCACUGAUGCCACAAACAUACUCAGCCUCACUGACUCUGCUACUCCAGGUGCCACCAUCAGCCUGGUGAACGGCAGGAACCGCUGCGAGGGCCGCGUGGAGAUUUCCCACUCUGGGGGCCGGGGCACCGUCUGUGACGAUGGCUGGGACCUGAGCAAUGCCCAGGUGGUGUGCAGGCAGCUGGGAUGUGGCUCUGCUGUUGCUGCAACCUCAAAUGCCUUCUUUGGAGAAGGCACUGGAGACAUCUACCUGGACGAUGUCAGCUGUGCAGGCUGGGAGUCCUCCCUGUUCCAGUGCAGCCACCAAGGCUGGGGCGUCCACAACUGUGGCCACAAAGAAGAUGCUGGUGUUGUGUGCUCAGCUGCCACAACCACACCUGCACCCAGCCCCAACCUCACUCCUCCUCCAGAUGCCACCAUCAGCCUGGUGAACGGCAGGAACCGCUGCGAGGGCCGCGUGGAGAUUUCCCACUCUGGGGGCCGGGGCACCGUCUGUGACGAUGGCUGGGACCUGAGCGAUGCCCAGGUGGUGUGCAGGCAGCUGGGAUGUGGCUCUGCUGUUGCUGCAACCUCAAGUGCCUCCUUUGGACAAGGCAGUGGCAGCAUCUACCUGGACGAUGUCAGCUGUGCAGGCUGGGAGUCCUCCCUGUUCCAGUGCAGCCACCAAGGCUGGGGCGUCCACAACUGUGGCCACAGUGAAGAUGCUGGUGUUGUGUGCUCAGAUGCCACUGAUGCCACAAACAUACCCAGCCUCACUGGUUUUACUACUCCAGAUGCCAAAACCACUGAUGAUCUCAGCCUAAUGACCACUGCUUAUUCAGAUGCCACCAUCAGCCUGGUGAACGGCAGCAACCGCUGCGAGGGCCGCGUGGAGAUUUCCCACUCUGGGGGCCGGGGCACCGUCUGUGACGAUGGCUGGGACCUGAGCGAUGCCCAGGUGGUGUGCAGGCAGCUGGGAUGUGGCUCUGCUGUUGCUGCAACCUCAAAUGCCUUCUUUGGAGAAGGCACUGGAGACAUCUACCUGGACGAUGUCAGCUGUGCAGGCUGGGAGUCCUCCCUGUUCCAGUGCAGCCACCAAGGCUGGGGCGUCCACAACUGUGGCCACAGUGAAGAUGCUGGUGUUGUGUGCUCAGCUGCCACAACCACACCUGCACCCAGCCCCAACCUCACUGCUCCUCCAGGUGCCACCAUCAGCCUGGUGAACGGCAGGAACCGCUGCGAGGGCCGCGUGGAGAUUUCCCACUCUGGGGGCCGGGGCACCGUCUGUGACGAUGGCUGGGACCUGAGCGAUGCCCAGGUGGUGUGCAGGCAGCUGGGAUGUGGCUCUGCUGUUGCUGCAACCUCAAGUGCCUCCUUUGGACAAGGCAGUGGCAGCAUCUACCUGGAUGAUGUCAGCUGUGCAGGCUGGGAGUCCUCCCUGUUCCAGUGCAGCCACCAAGGCUGGGGCGUCCACAACUGUGGCCACAGUGAAGAUGCUGGUGUUGUGUGCUCAGCUGCCACAACCACACCUGCACCCAGCCCUACCCUCACUGCUCCUCCAGGUGCCACCAUCAGCCUGGUGAACGGCAGCAACCGCUGCGAGGGCCGCGUGGAGAUUUCCCACUCUGGGGGCCGGGGCACCGUCUGUGACGAUGGCUGGGACCUGAGCGAUGCCCAGGUGGUGUGCAGGCAGCUGGGAUGUGGCUCUGCUGUUGCUGCAACCUCAAGUGCCUCCUUUGGACAAGGCAGUGGCAGCAUCUACCUGGAUGAUGUCAGCUGUGCAGGCUGGGAGUCCUCCCUGUUCCAGUGCAGCCACCAAGGCUGGGGCGUCCACAACUGUGGCCACAGUGAAGAUGCUGGUGUUGUGUGCUCAGGUACCACUCCUUUGACUGCCUGCGUGCAGAUUGACAUUCAUAAACUCUCCAGUGUUUGCUGGAAUUCCAUGUGUGUUGGGGAUGAGUGUGGGAUUAUGGUUUUGGUGGAUCCUACAGUUGAAAACCAUUCUGCUGAUGCCUUCAGGUUCUCCAUUGCCUAUGUGACAGGGUGGCAGCAACACACCCAGCACUGGGAGAAACCUGGCCAACCUACUUCAUGCAACAGGCCCUCACUUGGUUCUUUGUCUUCCUCUCCUGCAGACGCCACUGAUGCCACAAACAUACCCAGCCUCACUGGUUUUACUACUCCAGAUGCCAAAACCACUGAUGAUCUCAGCCUAAUGACCACUGCUUAUUCAGAUGCCACCAUCAGCCUGGUGAACGGCAGCAACCGCUGCGAGGGCCGCGUGGAGAUUUCCCACUCUGGGGGCCGGGGCACCGUCUGUGACGAUGGCUGGGACCUGAGCGAUGCCCAGGUGGUGUGCAGGCAGCUGGGAUGUGGCUCUGCUGUUGCUGCAACCUCAAAUGCCUUCUUUGGAGAAGGCACUGGAGACAUCUACCUGGACGAUGUCAGCUGUGCAGGCUGGGAGUCCUCCCUGUUCCAGUGCAGCCACCAAGGCUGGGGCGUCCACAACUGUGGCCACAGUGAAGAUGCUGGUGUUGUGUGCUCAGCUGCCACAACCACACCUGCACCCAGCCCCAACCUCACUCCUCCUCCAGGUGCCACCAUCAGCCUGGUGAACGGCAGCAACCGCUGCGAGGGCCGCGUGGAGAUUUCCCACUCUGGGGGCCGGGGCACCGUCUGUGACGAUGGCUGGGACCUGAGCGAUGCCCAGGUGGUGUGCAGGCAGCUGGGAUGUGGCUCUGCUGUUGCUGCAACCUCAAGUGCCUCCUUUGGACAAGGCAGUGGCAGCAUCUACCUGGACGAUGUCAGCUGUGCAGGCUGGGAGUCCUCCCUGUUCCAGUGCAGCCACCAAGGCUGGGGCGUCCACAACUGUGGCCACAGUGAAGAUGCUGGUGUUGUGUGCUCAGCUGCCACAACCACACCUGCACCCAGCCCUACCCUCACUGCUCCUCCAGAUGCCACCAUCAGCCUGGUGAACGGCAGGAACCGCUGCGAGGGCCGCGUGGAGAUUUCCCACUCUGGGGGCCGGGGCACCGUCUGUGACGAUGGCUGGGACCUGAGCGAUGCCCAGGUGGUGUGCAGGCAGCUGGGAUGUGGCUCUGCUGUUGCUGCAACCUCAAGUGCCUCCUUUGGACAAGGCAGUGGCAGCAUCUACCUGGAUGAUGUCAGCUGUGCAGGCUGGGAGUCCUCCCUGUUCCAGUGCAGCCACCAAGGCUGGGGCGUCCACAACUGUGGCCACAGUGAAGAUGCUGGUGUUGUGUGCUCAGAUGCCACUGAUGCCACAAACAUACCCAGCCUCACUGGUUUUACUACUCCAGAUGCCAAAACCACUGAUGAUCUCAGCCUAAUGACCACUGCUUAUUCAGAUGCCACCAUCAGCCUGGUGAACGGCAGCAACCGCUGCGAGGGCCGCGUGGAGAUUUCCCACUCUGGGGGCCGGGGCACCGUCUGUGACGAUGGCUGGGACCUGAGCGAUGCCCAGGUGGUGUGCAGGCAGCUGGGAUGUGGCUCUGCUGUUGCUGCAACCUCAAAUGCCUUCUUUGGAGAAGGCACUGGAGACAUCUACCUGGACGAUGUCAGCUGUGCAGGCUGGGAGUCCUCCCUGUUCCAGUGCAGCCACCAAGGCUGGGGCGUCCACAACUGUGGCCACAGUGAAGAUGCUGGUGUUGUGUGCUCAGCUGCCACAACCACACCUGCACCCAGCCCCAACCUCACUCCUCCUCCAGAUGCCACCAUCAGCCUGGUGAACGGCAGCAACCGCUGCGAGGGCCGCGUGGAGAUUUCCCACUCUGGGGGCCGGGGCACCGUCUGUGACGAUGGCUGGGACCUGAGCGAUGCCCAGGUGGUGUGCAGGCAGCUGGGAUGUGGCUCUGCUGUUGCUGCAACCUCAAAUGCCUUCUUUGGACAAGGCAGUGGCAGCAUCUACCUGGACGAUGUCAGCUGUGCAGGCUGGGAGUCCUCCCUGUUCCAGUGCAGCCACCAAGGCUGGGGCGUCCACAACUGUGGCCACAGUGAAGAUGCUGGUGUUGUGUGCUCAGCUGCCACAAACACAAGCACAACGACACCCAGCCCUACCCACAUUGCUCCUCCAGAUGCCACCAUCAGCCUGGUGAAUGGCUGGAACCUCUGCGAGGGCCGCGUGGAGAUUUCCCACUCUGGGGGCCGGGGCACCGUCUGUGACGAUGGCUGGGACCUGAGCGAUGCCCAGGUGGUGUGCAGAGAGCUGGGAUGUGGCUCUGCUGUUGCUGCAACCUCAAAUGCCUUCUUUGGACAAGGCAGUGGCAGCAUCUACCUGGACGAGGUCAACUGCACAGGGUCAGAGUCAUCCCUCCUCCAGUGCAGCCACCAAGGCUGGGGUGUCCACAACUGUGGCCACAGUGAAGAUGCUGGUGUUGUGUGCUCAGUGGCCUCCACCAUCAGCCUGGUGAACGGCAGCAACCGCUGCGAGGGCCGCGUGGAGAUUUCAAACUCUGCAGGCCGGGGCACCGUCUGUGACGAUGGCUGGGACCUGAGCGAUGCCCAGGUGGUGUGCAGGCAGCUGGGAUGUGGCUCUGCUGUUGCUGCAACCUCAAAUGCCUUCUUUGGAGAAGGCACUGGAGACAUCUACCUGGAUGAUGUCAGCUGUGCAGGCUGGGAGUCAUUGCUCCUCGAAUGCGGCAACAGUGGCUGGGGCGUCCACAACUGUGGUCACCAUGAAGAUGCUGGUGUUGUGUGCUCAGCUGCCACAACCACAACCACAACUACACCCAGGCCCACUCUCACUGUACCUCCAGAUGCCACCAUCAGCCUGGUGAACGGCAGGAACCGCUGCGAGGGCCGCGUGGAGAUUUCCCACUCUGGGGGCCGGGGCACCGUCUGUGACGAUGGCUGGGACCUGAGCGAUGCCCAGGUGGUGUGCAGGCAGCUGGGAUGUGGCUCUGCUGUUGCUGCAACCUCAAGUGCCUCCUUUGGACAAGGCAGUGGCAGCAUCUACCUGGACGAUGUCAGCUGUGCAGGCUGGGAGUCCUCCCUGUUCCAGUGCAGCCACCAAGGCUGGGGCGUCCACAACUGUGGUCACCAUGAAGAUGCUGGUGUUGUGUGCUCAGCUGCCACAACCACACCUGCACCCAGCCCCAACUUCACUCCUCCUCCAGGUGCCACCAUCAGCCUGGUGAACGGCAGGAACCGCUGCGAGGGCCGCGUGGAGAUUUCCCACUCUGGGGGCCGGGGCACCGUCUGUGACGAUGGCUGGGACCUGAGCGAUGCCCAGGUGGUGUGCAGGCAGCUGGGAUGUGGCUCUGCUGUUGCUGCAACCUCAAGUGCCUCCUUUGGACAAGGCAGUGGCAGCAUCUACCUGGAUGAUGUCAGCUGUGCAGGCUGGGAGUCCUCCCUGUUCCAGUGCAGCCACCAAGGCUGGGGCGUCCACAACUGUGGCCACAGUGAAGAUGCUGGUGUUGUGUGCUCAGGUGCCACAACCACACCUACACCCAGACCUAAUGUGACUGCUUCUCAAGGUCAAAAAAUUAUUUGUGGUGAUACACUUUUAAAGUCCUCUGGAACAUUUCAGAGUCCUUCUUUGAAUUCUUCAGAUAAAGCAGAUUGUUUGUGGCAAAUACAUGUAACAAACAAUUUCCGCAUUGCGCUCACAUUUGAUAGCAUUCAGUUGCAAGGUGGAUGCCAGAAUGAGUAUAUUGAGAUCUAUGAUGGGCCACCCAAAUCUUCUCCUCUACUUGGAAGAAUUUGUUCUAGUUCUUCUCACAUGUACACUUCAUCUUCAAACUUCAUGUCUGUCAGGUUUUACAGUGACUCCAGAUAUUCCAGUGGAAGCUUUCGGGCUCAGUAUCAGUCCUUUAUAGCAGACCAGAACACAACCCUUCUGUGCUUGCCAACCCACAUGCAUGCAGUGGUAGACAGACACUAUCUCCAGUCCCAGGGCUACACACUGGAGAGCAUCAGCCUGGCAGACCCUAGAUGUAGACCAAUAAUUACAUCAACUGAGGUUAUAUUCAACAUUUCAUACAGUGACUGUGGUACACGUAGACAGGGCAACAAUGAAACGAUCACCUACUCCAACGUGAUAAAAGUGCCUGCUCCUGGUGGAGUCAUCAAGAGGAAGAAGGACCUUCACUUGCACAUCAGCUGCAAAAUGCUGCAGAACACCUGGGUUCAAACCAUGUACAUUGCUGAUGAUGUCAUUGAUGUCAAUGAAACCCAGUACAGCAGAUAUGACGUGAGCCUGAUGUUCUACAACUCCUCAUCUUUCCAGUGGCCAGUGUAUGACUUCCCAUACUAUGUUGACAUGGAUCAGAAUUUGUAUCUGCAAGCUUCUCUUCACAGCUCUGACCAAAAUCUGAAGUUGUUUGUGGACACAUGUGUGGCAUCGCCUAAUUCUAGUGAUUUUAGAACACUGGUCUAUGAAUUGACCAAAAGUGGGUGUGCUGUUGAUUCCACCUACUCUCUUUACCCGCCGCCACGCAGCGAUGUCGCUCGGUUUGGGUUUAACGCUUUCUCCUUCGUCAGCCGAUUCCCCUGGGUUUUCCUGCGCUGUGAGCUGCUGGUCUGCAGGUACCAGGACUACUCCUCCCGCUGCUACCAGGGCUGUGUCAGGAGGUUCAAGAGGAGUGCAGACUCUUCCCAUAAACAAAUGAAUGUUGUUAUUGGACCCGUGCAGCUUCGGGAAGCUCACGCUGAGAACAGGAACGUUGAGCUGGCCAUCCAGGCAAAAGGGGAGACUCUGAGCUCAGUGCCUGCUGCCAGCUUCCAAGUUCCUCUGGCUGUGACCAUCGUGGUGCUGGUAGCUGUUCUUCUCACAGUGGGAGGAUUUCUUUGGAAGCAGAAACUGCAGGAGGCCAUCCCAUACCAGAAACUGUGAGAGGCAGCUCCAGGCAUGGAGGUGGAAGGAUACUUUCACCAGCCACCUGCUUCAUUGUUUGGGUUUGCAAUCAGUGUGAAGGGCAGCUCUAACUUGACUAUUCCACCAUCCAGACCAUGUCUGAAGAACCAAGAUUACACCUGAUGUUACCAUGAACUGAAUUUAUAAAACCUAAAGUCUAAAGAAGGAUUGGUUCUUUCAUCCCAGCAUCCAAAUAAGCAUCUUCAGUACUGGACAUUUCAAAGUUUUUCUGUUGAACUCCUCAUUGGGUGUCUGUCUGAGAAGACUGAAAUAGGUGACUUCAGAAGCAAGAACUGACUUAUUUGGCCUUUGCUGAUAUGCAGAUGAAACACCAGUGUAGCACCAUAAGAUACACUGGGAAGCAGUACAAGAAAAUGUUUCUUUGCAGUAAAAAAUCUCAGUAGUGAGCCAUAAGCAAAUACACUCAGGGACUGCACAUGAGGAAUUACUGCUGUACAGCAUUCCUGGCUUUGGGCAAGUAUGGUUCUUCCCAAAUCCCUAUUUCUCUGAGUAAAUGUAGGCCAUUUAUAAGAUUUUGUAUGGAGGAUGAAUAUAACCCCGUUACUUAAAUUUGUAAUUAAAAAAGUCAGAAAAGAAAAUGGUUUUUUGAGCAAUAUCUUUUUUUGUGUUGUACUUACAAACACCCCAUUGUGUGUGAACUCAUGGUUAACACACUGUUGGGUUGGAAAAUGGGGCUUCUGACAAAGUGACUUUGCCAAGCAAUGAUUCCUGCUCUUGCUCUCACACAUUUCUACACCUGGAAUGAGUGGGAGGGAGAGAAUGUACGUAAGUUCCCAUAAGGAAGUGUCACCUGUCUCCUAGCCCCAUGCAAAAACAAAAUAAAAAACAAUAAAAAAGGAAGAA